AUGCUUUGCCAUAAUAUGGAUAAGAAGCACCUCAGGAUCACAACCAGAGGACCAGGAAAAAGUGAGAAAUAUAAAAAUUAUAGAAAUUAUCAAGUAUGCCAACAAUCUGUCUUUCUAUUAAUCAUUAGCAAAUAUGCAUCUGUCGAGUUGAACAAGCCAAUAAAACGGAGUAUAGCGACGCUUCAAUUUUUAAACGUCAAACAAAUAACUUUUGGAAAAAAUGAUGUUAUAAAAGUCUCAGAAUUUAACGAAGAAAGGUGUGUUGAAAAGAUGGAACGAGAAAGAAAAAAUGGGAUCAAUGACAAAGAGGCUCUACAAAGGUUUGAAAACUUUAAAUUUGUCGAAGCGCUUCAUUUUCUGGGUGAUAUCCUAUUGGAACUUGGGUUUCAAUUCUCAGUCAAAUGGUCACCUGGAAAACACAAUACAGAAAAGGCAGAGACCGUGAACGCUAUUUUCUACAAAGGUAAGAAGAUAUUUAACAUUGAAAGUAUCAAAGAAGUUGGGAAAGAAGUCAAUAAGUAUAUACACAAUAUGGUUAAAACACGGAACACGUUUGUUAUGAAUAGCUCAGAUGUGUGUCUUAACUCGCUGCUACAACUUAUCAUAAAAUAA